ACUUUCAAAUAUCACAUGUGCUUUGGUUGUUGGUGUAAAGAAGACAUUUGAUUUUGUGAAAGCAUGGUGAAAAUAAAAGAAUUAAUGACGCCCAAAACUCCAAAAGUCAAAAAGAGUUUGUCUACACCGUUGAAAACAAAGCAAAAAUCUCCAAAGGCUGAAAAUGUUAAAAUUUCGCCGGCUAAACGUGCAAAGAAUGAACAUCUUGAUACACCCAGACCACCAAAAAUUGCACCGAACAGCGAAAACGAUAAAAGUGCCAAGAAAAAAUCAGAUCAAUUUGUUACACCCAAGCCGCCAAAGCAAGUAAAGUCUGUCCCAAUUAGUGAAAAUGGUAAAAGCGCGAAAAAGCAACAGAAUCAGGUCGGACUUGUUACUCCUAAAUCAGCAAAACAAUUAAAAUCUGCACCGCCUAGUGAAAAUGGUAAAAGUGCGAAGAAACAGAAACAGGAAGAGUUUGUUACUCCCAAGGUACCAAAACAAGUAAAACCCAUGCUGAAUAGUGAAAAUGGUAAAAGUGUUAAGAAGCAACAGGAAAAUCAGAAAUCGCCACCAAACACUGUAAAAGGCAAAGCUGUGAAAAGGCAAUUGGAACAGGAAGAGUUUGUUACUCCUAAACCACCAAAACAAGUGACAAAGUCUGAUGCUGUUAGUGAGAAUGGUAAAAGUGCUAAAAAGAAGGUUCUUACACCCAAACAGCAAAGUCCUAAAGGUAAUAGUGCUAAGAAAAUUGUUAAAAAAUUACCUAAGGGGACUCCAGGUAAAAUCUUAAAGACACACAAAAACAAAAAACUUUCAGAUUUCACAGAAAAUCAGGAAACAAUAACUUUGACUGGUAAAAAGGUUAAAACUGAAAAGACACUUGCAAAUUUUUCAAAAAUAUUUAAUUCUGAUGUGGAGAAAAAGUACAAAAUUUCAGCAUCAGAUGUUGAAAAAGCAAUUACUAAUGUAAUUCAUUUGGCUAAAACUAAUCCUAAGUUACAGAACCAACUUUUCAAUGAAAAAAUCCCAUUGUUCUUGCAAGUAAAUUCAAUUAAAAUCAGCAAAGGACAUGCAAAACUGUUCAGAUUACCUUUAAAACAUUCACUAUUGACUCCAGAUGAUGAAAUCUGUUUGAUUGUCCCUGACAUCAAAGGUAUCAAAAAUAAGGAACAUGAGAAACACUUAGAACAGUAUGAAGAACUAUUAACCAAAAAAGGUGUCAAUAACAUAAAAAAAGUCAUGACUUUCCACGAAUUCAGGACAGAAUACGAAACAUUUGAACUGAGAAAUCGUUUGGUUGAUUUGUAUGACCACUUUUUAGUUGACGGAAGAAUCAGCGGCAAAGUUGUCCGCAAAUGUGGCAAAAUAUUUUACAAGAAACGCAAAGUUCCCAACCCCAUAAAGCUGCAGGUCACCAAACUGAAGGAACAUGUCGAACAGAGUCUAUGCAAAACUCAGUUUACUAUGUCUGCACACAGUGGCAGUCACUUGGUGCAGUUUGGUCACAGUAAAAUGGAAACCAAAGAUCUGGUGGAGAAUUUGUUUAGUCUGAUUGAAGGAUUAGACAAGUUGUAUCCUGGUGGCUUCAAAAACAUUAGGAACUUGCAUGUUUUCACUCAAAGAGCGGCUUCCAUCCCUAUUUUCAUCAAUUUAGCAAAUCAGAACAAAGUGAAAACACCAACAACCAAGAGAUCUAAGACCAAGGGAGCUAAAUCCGUGAAAGGUGAAUUAACAACUCUCACAAAUGUUGAUGUUGUAGUCAGCAGAGAUGGAGACGUUAAAGUCAUCAAGCAGGAUGGUGAAAAGGAACAUCCUGAUGAGUUUGGAGUUGAAGAUUUGUUGAAGCUACACAAAAAGAAGAAAUUUUCAAAGAGGGCUAUGAAAAAAUUGAGGGGUAAGAGUCACAUUGUUGUUGAAAAUGCUAAUGGAACUGUUAAAGAAGAAAAAAAAGAAAAGAAACAGAGAGUAUUGAGUGGAAGAGUGGAGAAGAAGUGGAAAAAGAAUAAGGUUAAGAAGAAUCUUGCUAAACUUGCACCUAAGAAGAAAGUUCAGAAAAAUUGAUGUUUGUUUAUACUUUUAUUCAUAAGACAAAAUAAAUACAUUUUAUAAGUAAA